AUGCACCGCAAAGUUAUGAGAGGGAAGGAAAACAAAUUAGCCCACGAAGAGCGUCCUCAACCCUGUAUCCCGCGGCUCCACUCCACCUGCCGCAGGAGCGCCGGGCAGCCGCUAACCGCCGGGAGCCCGAGGCCCCGCAAAGCUGUCCCGCCGCAGGCAGCGCCCGGGUGCCCGCCACGGCCCAGCCGCCGGCCAGACACCCACCAAAGUGGCCCCUGCGCAGCCGCCUGCCUGCCGUGUAAACACCCUCCGCGCUGCGCUGAGCCACCGUGGACCUCACGCGUGGAGCGGCGGGGCCGGGAGAGCCCCUCUGACACCCGCGGGACGAGCCGCCCCACCAAGGGAAGAGGCGGUGAACGCGGCCCCGGGGGAGGAAGGGAGGGAGGGAGGGAGGGAGGCGCCGCCCGGGGCUCUGCCCGUCCCACUUGCCGAGGGGCCGGCGACGGCUCGGCGCGGUUCGGCACGGCCCGGCCCGGCCCGCCUGCGGGGGAUGCCGGGGAGCCCCGCGCCCGCCCCGGCUGCGCGCAACACGGGCAGCGGGGGCGGGAGCGGCUCGGGCGGGCGGCGGGCCAGCGGGUGCCCCGCGAGCGCCCCCCGCCCCCGCCGGCGGCCGCCCCCGUCCGCGCCCUGCCCAAGGGCAGCCGCUGCCCUCCCCUUGCGCCGCCGCUGACCUGGCGGCGGAACACCCGUCGGCGCUGUCAAACUUUAACGGCUCCCCUCCAGCGGCGUCCUCCCACCUUUUCCCCCCAGCCCCCGCCACCCUCCCGCCUCAGCCGGGCCAGGCGAAGACGCCUGCCCCACCCUGACAGCGCGCUCCUUACCCGGCCCUGCACGGCCGCUGCCCACCCGACCUCCCCCGGCGAAAGCCGCUUCCUGCGCGCAGCCCCGAGCCCGCCGCCAGCACAGAGCCUCCUUCCAGCGGCAACACCAGCAGCCGGGCCGGGGAGUCCCCUGCCACUGCGCCUGCGCCGCCGAGCCCACCGCCGCCAGCCGCGGCGCCUCGCGCCACCGCGCGUGCGCCGGCGCGCACUGCAACCCGCAGCGCCCCUCGGGCCCUCGCGUGGGGCCGCCGCCGCGCGUGCGCCGCGAGCCGGCAGCGGCGAUUCCCCCCCUCCCGCUCCUCGCGCGCCCUUCUGCGCCUGCGCGCCGCCCGCCCGCGAGCCGGCCGGGCCGCCAGGGCUGGGCGCGGGGGCGCUGGCGCAGCGGGGGUUCCGCGCCGCCCUGACCUCGGCUCACCUCGCCUCACCUCACCCCGCUCCGCUCCGGGAGGAGGAAAUGGCGGCGGCCGCGCUAUCGAGCGGGGCGUGGGCCGGCGGCCGCGGGGGGCGGCGCUCCCGCGGGGUCGUGUCCGGCCACCUCGAAACUGGGGAAGCCUAG